AGUAUGGACUUCCAAGUAUAAAUGAAGCUGAUCUACCAAAUAAACUACACACAAAGCAUAACCCUAAACAAAAGCAAAACAAAAAAAAGAAAAAGAAAGAUAGAUAAUGGCUAUAGAUGCUCAUUUUGAACGUGGUGGUGCAAGUCGUAUGAGCUUCAUACAUGAGCUCCUAAAGGGGCGUUUCUUCAUGGCAUUUGCUACCAUCAUAAUCCUUUCCUUUAUUGGUACCUCAUAUAUCUUUGGGCUCUACUCAGGUGACAUAAAGUCAACACUUGGGUAUGACCAAACAACCCUUAAUCUUCUUAGUUUUUUCAAAGACCUUGGUGCUUAUAUAAGUGUCCAUGCAGGCCUCCUUAUGGAGGUGGCUCCACCUUGGGUAAUCCUAUCACUUGGUGCCAUGAUCAACUUUUUUGGCUACUUCAUGAUUUGGCUUUCAGUCACUCACAAGAUCUCUCGUCCCCCUGUUUGGCUCAUGUGUCUCUAUAUCACCAUUGGUGCUAACUCCUUAGGGUUUGCCAACACUGGGGCUGUUGUACCAUGUGUAAAGAACUUCCCUGAAAAUCGAGGCGUCGUAAUAGGAAUCUUAAAGUCAUAUAUUGGGAUUGGUGGGGCUAUUAUGGCUCAAUUAUACCAUGCCUUGUAUGGCAAUGAUACUAAUGCUAAUGGAGUCAUCUUGCUCAUCUCUUGGCUACCUGCACUUGCUUUGUUGCUCUUUGCGUUUAGUGUUCGAGUCCUUAAGGUUGUUGGCCAGAGACAUAUUCAGAGGGAGAAAAAUUUCUUCAAUCAUAUCAUGUAUAUCUCUCUGGCCCUCGCUGGAUUCAUCAUGGUGAUGAUCUUGGUACAAAAACAAGUCACGUUCAAUAAAGCUGCUUAUGGUGGGAGUUGUGUUGUUAUCAUGAUCCUCCUUGUGCUCCCUAUCUUCCUUGUCUUCAGAGAAGAAUUAUAUGCCAAGUUUGAGAAAAUGAGUAAUUCACCAACCAAUACCCUCUCUGAGCUUCAGAUUAUGCCAAUUAAUGAUCAUGUAUCUCCUACAAAUCAUCAACAAACUGAUGUGGAAGGAAGUAAUCAUGUCAACAACAAUCAUGGUACACCAAAGGAAACUAAUAAUGAAGGAAGCCGUGAAGAAGAAAAGGCACAAGUAGAAGUCUCUUGUUUUAAAGAUGUGUUCCACCCUCCGGCUAAGGGGGAAGAUCACUCCAUAUUACAAGCGAGCUUUAGUAUUGACAUGCUAAUUUUGUUCCUUGCCACAAUUUGUGGCAUAGGAGGGAACUUAGCCACAAUAGACAAUUUAGGUCAAAUUGGGACAUCAUUAGGGUAUCCAAAGAAAAGCAUUAGCACCUUUGUGUCCUUAGUUGCUAUAUGGCAAUACCUAGGGCGUGUGGUGGGAGGACUCAUCUCAGAGCACUUGUUACACAAAUACAAGUGGCCUAGACCAGCCAGCCUCACCAUUGUCCUUGUUUUAUCAUGCAUUUCUCACCUUCUUAUCGCCUUCAACGUGCCUUAUGGCCUAUAUGUAGCAUCAGUUAUAAUGGCAUUUUGCUUUGGUGCUGAGUGGACAUACCUCUAUGCCAUUAUAUCUGAGCUCUUUGGGCUAAAACACUAUGCUACUUUGUAUAAUUACGGCUCGUUGGCAGCUCCACUAGGGUCUUAUAUAUUUAAUGUGAGAGUCGCAGGGCACUUGUAUGAUAGGGAGGGGAUGAGACAACUCCAGGCAUUGGGGCUCACUCGGAAGGAAGGGGAAGAGUUGCACUGCAUUGGAGUUAAGUGCUACCAGUUAGCCUACAUAAUAAUCGCGGUUGCUACAUUUGUUACUGCACUUGUGUCAUUAAUUCUUGUGGCUAGAACAAGAAAAUUUUACAAAGGAGAUAUAUACAAGAGAUUUCAAGAAGGUGACAGAAAGGAGUAA